CAGUUAAUAAGAAAAUGUGCCUUGCUAACUGUGCACAUUACAACAAAGAGCUGGCAGCUCCCGAAGGAAAAGGGCUUGUGCUGCUGCCGUUCAAACUUGUCAGUCAACUCGUGCCAGCAGCCUCAGCGUCUGCCUCCCCAGCACUCCCUCAUUACAUGUGUCUGUCUGGCCUGAUCUGUGCAUCUGCUCAGAGACGCUCCUGACAAGUCGGGAAUUUCUCCAUUUCUCCACUACUGCGGAGUGGAUUUCUGCCUGCUUCUCUUCUGUCACUCCUGCUCCUCUCCCCAAGGAGCCUCCUUGAUUUAUGGUAGCUUUGGACUUCCUUCACCGUCUGCCUGUCCUUGACUUCUAGAAUGGAAGAAGCUGAGCUGGUGAAAGGGAGACUCCAGGCCAUCACAGAUAAAAGAAAAAUACAGGAAGAAAUCUCACAGAAGCGUCUGAAAAUAGAGGAAGAAAAACUAAAGCACCAGCAUUUGAAGAAAAAGGCCUUGAGGGAGAAAUGGCUUCUAGACGGAAUCAGCAGCGGAAAAGAACAGGAGGAGAUGAAGAAGCAAAAUCAGCAAGACCAGCACCAGAUCCAGGUUCUGGAACAAAGUAUUCUCAGGCUUGAGAAAGAGAUUCAAGAUCUUGAAAAAGCUGAACUGCAAAUCUCAACCAAUGAAGAAGCAAUUUUGAAGAAAUUAAAAUCAAUUGAGAGGACAACAGAAGACAUAAUAAGAUCUGUAAAGGCAGAAAAGGAAGAAACAUUACAAGAGUCAAUUGAGGACAUCUAUGCUAAUAUACCUGACCUUCCAAAAUCCUACAUACCAUCCAGGUUAAGAAAGGAGAAAAAUGAAAGAAAAGAAGAUGAUGAACAAAAUAGAAAAGCUUUGUAUGCCAUGGAAAUCAAAGUUGAAAAAGACUUGAAGACUGGAGAAAGUACAGUUCUGUCUUCAAUACCCCUCCCAUCGGAUGACUUUAAAGGUACAGGAAUAAAAGUUUAUGAUGACGGGCAAAAGUCAGUGUAUGCGGUGAGCUCUAAUGACAGUGCAGCAUACAACGGCACCGAUGGCCUGGCACCAGUCGAGGUAGAAGACCUUUUAAGACAAGCUUCGGAGAGAAGCUCUAAGUCCCCCACAGAGUAUCACGAGCCUGUAUAUGCCAAUCCGUUUUGCAGGCCUACAACCCCACAGAGAGAAAAGGUAACCCCUGGACCAAACUUUCAAGAAAGGGUGAAAAUUAAGGCUAAUGGACUGGGCAAUGAUGGAAAUGAACCCAUACACAAUAUGGACAACGGACCUUCAGAGCAACUGGGCGACAACGUCAAUCACACCAGUCCCAUUCGGCCAAUACCUUAUCCCAGGUCAACGAAUCAACAAGCAGAAGAGACUCUCCCCACCGCACAAAAGAGGCUGAUGAGUCCUCGGGGAGAACCAAAUGUCAUGCAGGACAAAUAUGCGCCCUCUCCAAAGGCAAGACUGAUCCCCAGGGAAACAACAGUUGGGAAGUCAGAACACCGAGGUUCUUCACCCACGUGCCAGGAUGAGGAAGAUGUUAGAUACAAUAUCGUUCAUUCCCUGCCUGCUGACAUGGAUGGUACAGAACCUGUGACAAUGAUUUUCAUGGGGUAUCAGCAGGCAGAAGACAGUGAAGAAGAAAAGAGGCUUCUGACAGGGUAUGAUGGGAUCAUCCAUGCUGAGCUGGUUGUGAUUGAUGAGGAGGAGGAGGAGGGUGAAGGAGAAGCUGAGAAACCAUCCUACCACCCAGUAGCUCCCCAUAGUCAGGUGUACCAGCCAGCCAAACCAACACCCCUUCCCAGAAAGAGAUCAGAAGUUAGUCCCCAUGAAAACACAAGCCAGAAAUCUCCUCACAAAAACUCCAUCUCUCUGAAAGAGCAAGAAGCAAGCUUAGGCAGCCCUGUUCACCAUUCUCCGCUUGAUGUUCAGAUACCUGGAGAUGGGACUGAGGAUCCGUCUUUAACAGGUAUAGCUCAGUGCCAGACAUUUCCUCCAUGGCGUGAGCCCAGCAUGCUUUUCCUGGGAGCCCACUUCUACCCCCAUCAGCUAGACAGCUGGCUUUCUUUGAUAGUCGUCACCAACCUACUCUGCUUUAAGGAUGAGAAUGGCAAAGCUGGGGAAAAAAGUGAUCUAAGAGGUGUACCACCCACAGAAACAUCCACUGGACAAGAAACUAAGAAACUUCAAUGUGAACCCUGUGGCGCAAUGACUGAUUAUGACCGAAGGGUGCUGGAUGGAGGACUUCCCAUAGGUCAAAAAGCACAAAUCGGGUCUAAUGCUUGA